AUGAAAUAUUGGUUAAUUUUUAGUUUAAUCUGUGGCCUAUUGGCUCUCAAUGGAGCAUCACCCCUACCAGGAGGUGGCGGCGGAGGCGGUGGUGGAGGUGGUGGCCGUGGCUGUAACUGUGAACCCGGAGGUGGUGGAGGAGGCGGCGGCGGAGGAGGGGGUGGUGCUGGUAAUGGCCCCGGAGGUGCUGGAGGAGCUGGUGGACCUGAUUGUGUUCGACCCUCAUGGUUGCCACCAUGCCCAUAA